UUCUCCCUCUCCCUCCUUGUUCACUUUUCUUUUCCAUUCACACUCACACACUUUGGUAAACAUCAGCUGAUUCUGAAACGAAACUAGUCUGACAUAUAAUUUAGCAAACCAUAUCUAUUGUCGAUCAAUCGCUGUAAAAUACAAAACAAUAUAAUAAUGCGGCUCAUUCGACGCAUACAUCACAUCUACACUUGAUUUGUAUACUUAUAGUUCGAGUAUUGCUAAAUUUAAUGUGCAUCAGCUAAAACGUUAUUUAUAAAGCAGUCUGCGAGGGUUUUCUUUCGAGUGAGUCGUCAUCGUCGUUAUAAGAGUAUGGUGAAGAACUCCCGCGGGUGAGGAGCGGAAACAUUUCGGUGCAAUAAAAAAAAACAGUCAACUUACCUUUUACGACCUUCUUUUGCUUUCCUCGUUCUCAUCUUCUUUCCAUGCAUAUAUUUACGUACUUGAUACAAAACGAAUCUAAAAUUGAGUGACAACGAACUUAUUACGAGACGAAAGAUUCGCAUUAAUUGGAAGGACCAAUGACUCCGUCAACUAAAAUCUCGAACGCACAGCAGCAGCGAAGAAAAACAGUUUUGUUUGUGCGAUAAACAAACACACGAAUUUUAUUUUUUUCACACAAGCCAUGGAUGAGAUUUUGUUUCGUCUAUCAAGUCAGCUUGAAACUUUGCAGAUUCAAACAUCGGUGACGGUACAACACUUGCAGCAAUUAUUGAGUACAUGGCUGGCACAAAGUUCAAGACUCCUUCAAAAUACAUUCAAUGACCUUCAUGGCCAAGAAUUCAAGGAAUCUCUGCAUCAUUUGUUAACGUGGUUUCACCAACAAGUAAAAACAUUGGCUUACCAUUUGUACUCUGUUAGGAUUAGUCCAGGGUAUAUUUAUCACCAGCUUGGUAAUUUUUACACAUUGGAAGUUUCAAGAAGAGAGCUUUUCUACUUUAUAACUGGUAUUUUAACCGGAACUCUGAUAGGAUACUCCAUAGCUUUAAACUGGAAUGUUCCCAGGCAUUUACAUCCCAUGAAAGCAAUUGUUUGUCAUCAUUACCUCAAUGGUGUUGAAGGUGUUUCCUUGGUUGAGGAUGCUGAAAUGCCAGUGAUACAAAAAUCAAAUGAAAUUCUAAUCCAAGUUAAAGCAGCUUCCAUUCAUGAAGUAGAUUUAAAAAUAUGUUCCGGCUAUUCAAAAUUUUACAGAAGGUUGUUAAACAAUGGGAGGUAUAAAGAUGUACCUGUGAUCCUUGGAAGGGAUUGUGCUGGUGUUGUAGUUGACAUAGGCCAUGAAGUUGUUAACUUUGACAUUGGUGAUAAAGUAUUCUUAGCUGUGCCAUCGUGGGCUUCUGGAACCAUGGCGGAAUACAUUGUUGUACCUGAAACUCAAGUUGCCAAAAUGCCAAAAGUUUUACCAUUUGAAGCGUCCGCUAGUUUGCCUUACAGUGGUUGCAUCGCUUGGGAUGCCCUAGUUAAUAAUUCAAUUAUUAAUGAAGGAAAUGCUCAAGGAAGAAGAGUAUUAGUUUACGGAGGAAGUACGCCAGUUGGCUGUAUAAUUAUACAACUAAUCAAACUUUGGGGAGGUUCUACCGUUGCAAUUUGUAAGCCUCAAGCUGCUCCUGUGGUAAAAGCACUGGGUGCUAAUGAUGUAAUUUUAUUACAUGGAUCGGAUGUUUUAAAGGAACUAGAGCUUUCAGAAAAAUUUGAUGCUAUUUUUUAUACUGGUGGACAUCUUGUGGAUAAAAAAAUUUUAAAACGAUUUUUACUACCGCACGGAUCUUACGUGUCAACAGUUCCUGAAAAUUUGAUAUCAGAUUCAUUAGGAUAUUUAACAGGAAGUCUAUUCUCGGGAUUUAUAAGGAUUAGGUUGCUGAUACAGUACGCUUUUGCUUCUAGUAUUUACCAUUGGAACGACGGAAUUAAACUGAACACUGUCUAUUUACAAUCAAUACAAAAACUUGCUGAUGCAGAUCAGCUUCAUCCUAUUUUAGAUAAGGUAUAUGCUCCAAAUUGGAUCGAUCAAGCCUUGUCACACGUAAUGUCAGAUGUCAAUGCAAUCGGUAGUACUGUCAUCAAAUUUCAUUAACGUUUUAAAUCGAUAAAUUUUUUGAUACCGAACUAUGUAAAUAUGUGAUUUUUACAAACUUUUUAUACACAGAAGUCACGAAAAUUAUUAGUACUUACAAGUAUUUUUUAAAGAUGUACAUUCUGUUGCCGUGUUGUUGAUCUGUUUAUAGUAUAUUUUUGUGUCACCUAAGAAUCCAGUCUUCGAUUCAACCAAGACUGACUGUUGGGAAUGUUAUAUAUCUAUAACACAGACUGAUAAAAUCAGUUUACCAGAAACUGAAAAAAUAUAUUUAAAAGCUUUGUAACCGUUAUUAACUUUGCGAAUUGUAAUUUAUCUAUUAUAAUGUAUGCAUAAGUUUAUGAGUAUAUACAUUUAUAAAAUGUUAAUUCACUUUUAGAACAUUAAACUCGGAACUAUAAAAUUUCAGACAGUUUACG